AUGGGGUUUGAUGAGCGUUGGCUGAACAUGGUCAGUAAAAUCCUGGAUUCUGGCUGCUCAGCAAUACUCCUCAAUGGAGUACCAGGUACAGAGUUCAAAUGCAAGCGGGGGGUACGGCAGGGUGACCCCCUGUCCCCACUAUUAUUUGUGGCAAUGGGCGAUGUGCUCCAAUCGGUCAUCAAUACCGCAUGUGAGGAAGGUCUUCUCCACCUACCCAUCCCACAGCCGGCAUCUGAAGAUUACCCGAUCAUUCAGUACGCGGACGACACCAUUGUCGUCCUGCCAGCCUGCCCGGAGCAGCUACAAACCAUUCAGAGCAUCCUCCAAGCCUUCGCACAAAGUACCGAGCUCGUAGGCAUUGUAUCUGGAGAAAAUUUGUGGAUGGAGAGGAAAAAUUUGAUAUGGUCUGCUUACUAUGACACUGGGAUACCACAUGCGAUACCCAAAUGCGGCUCCUUUUGGUGGAAGGACGUGGCGAACCUCAUGCCUAUCUUCAGAGGGGUAUCCAAAUGCAGCAUAGGAGCAGGCGACACCAUCCUCCUUUGGAAGGAUGCAUGGUGCAACCCACAGCUCUCCGAAGCCUCCCCUAGAUUGUUCUCCUACUCGCUCAACGAAGACAUCUCGAUUACUGAUUUUGUGAAUGAGCAAAACAUGGGAAACCUCUUCCAACUGCCGCUCUCCAUUGAGGCACAUACAGAGCUGCUCCAAUUGCAACUAGACAUCAAUGAGGACACGAUUAACAGGUACAUUCCAGACAAGUGGGAGUUCGCUUGGGGGAAAUCUGCGUAUAAAUCAAAGGACUUCUAUCAAUACUGCUUCCGUGAUGUGGUUGCCCCCGAGUAUCUGCAACUGAUUUGGAAAUCCAAGUGUAUGAUGAAGCACAAAGUGUUUGCAUGGCUGAUGCUAGUGGACAGGAUUAACACCAGAGACAUGUUGAGGAGAAGAAAUAUGAACAUUGGAUCGGUGUUCUCAUGCAUGCUGUGUGACAUAGGGCAAGAUGAAACCAGAAAUCACAUGUUUUUCUCGUCGUCGGUUUAG